GGAACCCGGCGCUAAGCGCGCUUUGAAUCGUAAAAGUCUACAGCACCCUGGGCCCUAGAGGCGGAGCCGGAAGCUCUACGGGUUUCAGCUCUGAGCCCCUCUGUUUUCGAAGGGGCAGCCCUCUUCCUCUAGCCCGGGGCUGCCUCCCUCCUCCCCCUUCGCCCGGAGGCCGAAGCCCCCAGCCUGGCCUGGCGGUGCUGCGGCAGCUCCCGGACCCGGAAGAAGCAUUAACUCUCGUCUCCGCCAUGGAGCCCACCGCGCCGUCCCUCACCGAGGAGGACUUGACAGAAGUGAAGAAGGACGCUUUAGAAAAUUUACGUGUAUACCUGUGUGAGAAAAUCAUAGCUGAGAGACAUUUUGAUCAUCUACGUGCAAAAAAAAUACUCAGUAGAGAAGACACUGAAGAAAUUUCUUGCCGAACAUCAAGUAGAAAAAGGGCUGGAAAAUUACUAGACUACUUACAAGAAAACCCCAAAGGACUAGAUACGCUGGUUGAAUCUAUUCGGCGAGAAAAAACACAGAACUUCCUGAUUCAGAAGAUUACAGAUGAAGUGCUGAAACUUAGAAAUAUAAAACUAGAACAUCUGAAAGGACUGAAAUGUAGCAGCUGUGAGCCUUUUCCAGAUGGCGCCACAAACAACUUCUGUAGAACAAAUUCAGAUGAGAGUAAUUUCUCUGAAAAACUGAGAGCAUCCACUGUCAUAUACCAUCCAGAAGGAGAAUCCAGCACAGCCCCCUUUUUUUCUACGGAGUCUUCCUUGAAUUUGCCUGUUCUAGAAGUGGGCAGAACUGACAAUCCCACCUUCUCUUCAACUACGCUUCCCAGACCUGGGGACCCUGGGGCCCCGCCUUUGCCGCCGGAGCUGCAGUUAGAAGGAGGAGGAACUUGUGGAAACUCUAGUGAGAUGUUUCUUCCCUUACGAUCACGUGCUCUUUCGCGUCAGUGACUGAGAUUACAGCCUUCUAAUUUUUUUUUAAUAAUGACAAAAAAUAUUUGAAAGGAUAUGAAUCUUUUUAUAGAAUUGCUAUAAUGACUUAACAUUUGAUAUGCGUCUUUUAAAAUGCAAUGGAAGCAUACUUUGUAAAUAAAGUCUUUUAGAAUAAAAGAAGCAUACUUUUAGAUAGCUAAAGAAAAUCAUGUUGAUCAUGUAAUUUUCAGUGUUUUCUGUUCUUUCCAUUUUUGAGGUAUCUUGAGUGUGUUCACAUUUUUUAUGUUUUAAGACUAACAGAGAACAUUGCUCUAUUUGAGAGUAGAGUCUCAGGCUGGGAAUAAUGUCUCAGUGCAGUUGUGCUAGAAAUUUUCGAGGUCUAAUAGUCCUUUCCAAUUCUUCAGCAGUAAAUUUUCAGAUUAAGCUAUUUCUGGAUGGAAUAAAGCCAAUCACUGACAGGAAAACUGCCAGUGUACUGAAAAGAAUCUCUUUCCCACUCAGUUGGUCUUAGGGACACUUACAGAGUCCCC